AUGGCGCUAUACUUGCUAGAGGUCGGCACUGGAGGGAGGCUGCAGGCGACGAGGGAGGCACGGGAGGGAAGCGGCGCUGGAGGGAGGGAGGGAGGGAGGCGACGCUGGAAGAGGCUAGGGUUUUCUGGUGUUGGCGCGUGCACGUACCUUGCACGUGGGAGAGUUUUAUACUUGCUAUGUGGUCUAGGGGUGGACCAGGAAUUCCUGGUCCAAAAGAUACGCCCCCAGGAGGUCAAAGUCAAGGCGGUCAAUGCAUAUAGGGCAUCAGCCAGUCUAGCGAAACAUGCCCCGACCGGGGAGAAAGAUCUGAUCCACCGUGCCCUCAACACGGGGAGCAUUCAAGCAACCGACGCUCAAGGGAGCACAUCUUCAAAUGAAGAAAGAAAGAUAUAUAUUGUGUAUAUGGGAGCUCAACACUCAUCUCAGUACCCAACCUAUGAACUCCAUCUUAAUUUACUUAAAGAAAUUCUUGGCAGCUCGCCUAGUGAGUCUUUGGUGUAUAGUUACCAGAGGAGUUUUAGUGGAUUUGCUGCCAAACUUUCUAUAGACGAGGCAGAAAAAUUGAACGAAAUGGAGGGAAUAAUUUCAGUGUUUCCUAGUAAAACCUUGAAGCUUCGCACGACGAGGUCAUGGGAUUUCCUCAACUUCCCGCAGAGAGUAAGCAGGAAUCCCGCAUUGGAAAGUGACAUCAUCAUUGGAAUGAUUGAUACCGGAAUCUGGCCGGAAUCUAAGUCCUUCAGCGGUCAGGGAUUGAGACCUCCUCCGAGGAAAUGGAAGGGUGCUUGCGUAAAUAUGACAUGCAACAAUAAAAUCAUCGGGGCGCGCUAUUACAAUAGCUUAGGCGAUUACAUGUUGAGCGAGCCAUCGCCACGCGACUUUCACGGUCACGGGACUCACACAGCUUCCACUGCUGCCGGUCGAACAGUCUCCCACGCCAACCUCUACGGCCUCGCCAAGGGCAUGGCCAGGGGGGCCGUGCCGUCAGCGAGGCUCGCGGUGUAUAAGGCGUGCUGGUUGUUCGGGUGCACCGAUCAAGACAUCUUGGCGGCAUUUGACGAUGCGAUCUCCGACGGUGUCGACAUCAUCUCCCUGUCUGUCGGCGGAGACAUCGCCGCGGAUUACUUCCAAGACUCGAUAGCGAUUGGCGCCUUCCAUGCCAUGGCGAACGGGAUUUUGACGUCGACAGCCGCGGGGAAUGCAGGGCCAUACCGUGGCACGGUCAGCAACGUGGCACCGUGGACGUUGGUGGCGGCGGCGAGCAGCAUCGAUAGGCACAUCAUUGACAAGGUGGUCACCGGAAAUCAUGUGUCCACUUUGGGAGCUUCUGUGAACACGUUUGCGACAAAAAAUAGCGAUGAUCAUCCCUUGAUCUACAUGCAGGGAAAUGCAACUAUUUUACCAGGGGAUUGCACUGCUUUGCCAGAUAUAAACAUUGUGAAAGGGAAGAUUGUUCUCUGCAAGCACUUCUCUGACGAAAUUUUUAUUACAGGCAUUAAAGGAUUGAUAUAUAUAGAUGACUCUUCACUUGACGUUUCCGACUUAUACCCAGUUCCAUUCAUUACAGUCAGUUCCUUGGAUGGGCUCAAACUUUUGAGCUACAUAAACAACACUAAAAAUCCCGUGGCCAACAUCCACAAAAGCGAAGAAGUUUUUGACUCCGAGGCUCCCCUGGUUGCUUCGUUCUCAUCGAGAGGCCCAAACACCAUCACCCCUGACAUCCUCAAGCCUGAUAUAAGUGCUCCAGGAAUUGACAUUUUGGCCGCCUGGUCACGGGUUGCACCAGUGUCAGGCAUCAUCAUCGACACAAGGGUCGUAAAGUACAACAUAAUCUCGGGCACUUCCAUGGCUUGCCCCCACGUAACCGGCGCCGCCGCCUACGUCAAGUCUUUCCACCCAAAUUGGUCGCCGGCAGCCAUCAUGUCGGCGCUCAUGACGACAGCCAAACCGAUGUAUCCUUCGGCCCGCCAAGACGAAUUAUCGUAUGGAGCCGGGCAACUGAACCCGGUGAAGGCCGUCCACCCAGGUCUUGUCUACGACGCUGGUGCCAGUGACUACGUGCAAAUGCUCUGUAACUCAGGCUACAACGAAACCAUGAUCAGGAUCGUCACCGGCGACGCCAGUUCCUGCUCUGCCAGCAGCAAUGGAACGGCGAGGGAUCUCAAUUACCCUUCCAUGGCCUUACAUGUUCAGUCCGGUAAAGCCUUCGCCGCGAAGUUCUUGAGAACAGUGACCAACGUCGGCGGCGCCCGACGCUGCAGGUACAAGGCGGAGGUCUGGGCUCAUCACAGACUUAAUGUGGUGGUGAAUCCUAGAAAGUUGAAGUUUUCGGAGUUGAAGGAGAAGAGGCAGUUCACUGUGUCGGUUUCAGGCGGGCCAUUGCCAGGGAACUCGACAGCGCCGGCGACGGUCAUUUGGUCGGACGGGAAGCAUCAAGUGAGGAGUGUGAUGGUUGUCUACACGGAUUAG